CGCAACGGGCCUCCCAAGUGACGCGAUGCUCGAUUAUGAAGCAAAAGCGUUCCAGACGCAAGUGCUGCCGGGCGGGCGCGCCAUUGGCUGCCAUCGGGGUCCACCGGCUUGCCUCCUGGUCUCCUCGGGAGUGUUAUCAGCUACCCGUCGCCGAAUGUUGUCGAAUCUUUCCAGUUGGAACCACGCCUCCGAGCCUUCUUCUCCUUCUUCCAACUCCUGCUCUCGCUGCGUCUGAUACUCCAGCACCGCCAUUCCCCUCUUUUGACGCCCUUGCUAGCUCCCAUUCCCUCUUCAUCGAGCUCAGAUAGCUUCCGCAAUGGCCACCGCAGCGCGAUCCCUCACCCGCAGCGCCCUGCGCAGCUCCCUCGCGACCUUCAAGACCACCGUCACUCGCAACUCGCGCCUCGCCGUCCCUCGCCAGGCCUUCCAGCAGUCACGUCGCGGCUAUGCUGACAGCGGCGCCCCCAAAUCUGGCGGCAGUGGUGGACUGAUAUGGGGCAUUGGGCUGGCGGCUCUUGGUGGCGGGGGUUACUACUACUACACCCAGAACCCGGACCUGUUUGCCAAAGCCGAGGAGAAGACCAAGGGCCCCUUUGAGCCCAAGUUCGAGGACUACCAGAAGGUCUACAAGACUAUUGCGAAACUUUUGGAGGAGAAGGACGACUACGACGAUGGCAGCUAUGGCCCCGUGCUGGUGAGAUUGGCAUGGCAUUGUAGCGGAACGUAUGACAAGGAGACUGGUACUGGAGGCUCGAACGGUGCGACCAUGAGGUUUGCUCCGGAGGGUGACCACGGAGCCAAUGCUGGCCUCAAGGCUGCCCGUGAUUUCCUCGAGCCGGUCAAAGAGCAAUACCCCUGGAUUAGCUAUUCCGACCUCUGGAUCCUCGCCGGGGUCACCGCCAUCCAAGAAAUGCAGGGCCCUCAUAUCCCCUACCGCCCUGGCCGCUCCGACCGCGAUGUGUCUUUCUGCACGCCUGACGGCCGCCUGCCCGACGCCUCAAAAGAGCAAAAGCACCUCCGCGCCAUCUUCGGCCGCAUGGGUUUCAACGACCAAGAAAUCGUCGCCUUGUCCGGCGCCCACGCCCUCGGCCGCUGCCACACCGAUCGCUCUGGCUACGAUGGACCCUGGACUUUCUCCCCGACCACCCUCACGAAUGACUACUUCAAGCUGCUAGUAGAGGAGAAGUGGCAGAACAAGAAGUGGAACGGCCCCAAGCAGUUUGAGGAUGUCUCGACCAAGACACUCAUGAUGCUACCGACUGACUUGGCUCUGGUUAAGGACAAGAGCUUCAAGCAGUAUGUCGACAAGUACGCCAGGGACAACGACGCCUUCUUCAAGGACUUCUCGGAUGUGGUGCUGAGGCUUUUCGAGCUCGGUGUGCCGUUCACCCAGGGCGAGGACGCGAGGUGGACGUUUAAGAGCUCCUUUGACGAGGCGGCGUCUUCGUAAAGUGGAUGAGCUCCUGUGCAUGUGUAGCGAUGGUUGACCGUGCUAGAAUGUGAGCAAAAUCUUGCUCAGCAAGCGAGAGAUAUCCUAGAAGUUUGAUAUCCUAGACUUAGAUGAGGUCUCAUGAGAACUUCCCUCGCUGUCGUUGCAGAGGAACAGCGUACUGGAAGCACACUGUUAUAGAUAGAUCUUUCACAGUCCAGGCGUGUUGCAGAUUAGCAAGCCCCUCUCGAAGUCUAAUGGUUUGCUUUCUUGUAACAUAGCUCGAACGUUUUGAAUCAGAAGCCUUUGUAUACAUGCUUC